AGCGAGGGCGGCGGGCGUCCGGCUGCGAGCGCGGCGGCUCCGGGCUGGGCCAGCCAGGGGCGGCUCCGGGCGGCAGUGCGGCCGAGCGCUCGGUUCUACGGUUUCAGCCCGUGGUCUCCGUCCCGACGCCUGCGCCGCGCACUCGGCGUCCCGGCUCGGACCCCGGCGCCCAACCCGUGGCCGUAACCUUGAGGCGGCGGCGGGGCCGGGCCGGGCCGGGCUGGGGGGCGGCGGCACUGGAUCCGAGGCCGGCCGGCCGCUGGCGGGAGAUGUCGAACCCCGGGACCCGUAGGAACGGCUCCAGCAUCAAGAUCCGUCUGACAGUACUGUGUGCCAAGAACCUUGCAAAGAAAGACUUCUUCAGACUCCCUGACCCCUUCGCCAAGAUUGUUGUGGACGGCUCCGGGCAGUGCCACUCAACCGACACGGUGAAAAACACCCUGGACCCAAAGUGGAACCAGCACUAUGACCUGUACGUUGGGAAAACCGACUCUAUAACCAUCAGUGUGUGGAACCACAAGAAGAUCCACAAGAAGCAGGGCGCUGGCUUCCUGGGCUGCGUGCGCCUGCUCUCCAACGCCAUCAGCAGAUUGAAGGAUACUGGCUACCAGCGUUUGGAUCUAUGCAAACUAAACCCCUCAGAUACUGAUGCAGUUCGUGGCCAAAUAGUGGUCAGUUUACAGACCCGAGACAGAAUAGGCGGUGGAGGGUCGGUGGUGGACUGCAGAGGACUGCUGGAAAACGAAGGAACAGUGUAUGAAGACUCGGGUCCUGGAAGGCCACUCAGCUGCCUCAUGGAGGAACCUGCCCCGUAUACAGAUGGUACCGGUGCAGCCGCGGGAGGUGGGAACUGCAGGUUUGUGGAGUCUCCAAGUCAAGAUCAGAGACUCCUGGUACAGCGACUCCGAAAUCCUGAGGUUCGAGGGUCCCUCCAGACGCCCCAGAACCGACCACAUGGCCACCAGUCACCGGAGCUGCCUGAAGGUUACGAGCAAAGGACAACAGUGCAGGGACAAGUUUACUUUUUGCACACACAGACUGGAGUCAGCACAUGGCACGACCCCAGGAUCCCCAGAGACCUUAACAGUGUGAACUGCGAUGAACUCGGGCCACUACCUCCAGGCUGGGAAGUCAGAAGCACAGUGUCGGGAAGAAUCUAUUUUGUAGAUCACAAUAAUAGGACCACCCAGUUUACAGAUCCACGGCUUCACCACAUCAUGAAUCACCAGUGCCAACUCAAGGAGCCCAGCCAGCCGCUGCAGUUGCCCAGUGAGGGCUCCGUGGAGGACGAGGAGCUUCCUGCCCAGAGAUAUGAGAGAGACUUAGUCCAGAAGCUUAAAGUUCUCAGACAUGAGCUCUCUCUUCAGCAGCCCCAAGCUGGUCAUUGUCGCAUAGAAGUUUCCAGAGAAGAAAUAUUUGAGGAGUCUUAUCGCCAGAUCAUGAAGAUGCGGCCAAAAGACCUGAAGAAGCGCCUGAUGGUGAAGUUCCGAGGGGAGGAAGGUUUGGACUAUGGUGGAGUGGCUCGGGAGUGGCUGUAUUUGUUGUGCCAUGAAAUGCUGAAUCCGUAUUAUGGACUCUUCCAGUAUUCCACGGACAAUAUUUACACACUGCAAAUCAACCCCGACUCUUCUAUCAACCCUGACCAUCUGUCUUACUUCCACUUUGUGGGUCGCAUCAUGGGUCUGGCUGUGUUCCACGGACACUACAUAAACGGGGGCUUCACAGUUCCAUUCUACAAGCAGCUCCUGGGAAAACCCAUCCAGCUGUCGGACCUGGAGUCAGUGGACCCAGAGCUGCAUAAGAGCUUGGUGUGGAUUCUAGAGAACGACAUCACGCCAGUGCUGGAUCAUACCUUCUGUGUGGAGCACAAUGCUUUUGGGCGGAUUCUUCAGCAUGAACUGAAACCCAAUGGCAGAAAUGUGCCCGUCACUGAGGAGAACAAGAAGGAAUAUGUCCGGCUGUAUGUGAACUGGAGGUUUAUGAGAGGAAUUGAAGCCCAGUUUUUAGCGCUUCAGAAAGGCUUUAACGAGCUCAUUCCCCAGCACUUACUGAAGCCCUUUGACCAGAAGGAACUAGAGUUGAUAAUAGGUGGGCUGGACAAGAUAGACCUGAAUGACUGGAAGUCCAACACGAGGCUGAAGCACUGUGUGGCAGACAGCAACAUCGUCAGGUGGUUCUGGCAGGCAGUGGAGACCUUCGAUGAGGAGAGGAGAGCCAGACUUCUGCAGUUUGUGACAGGAUCCACAAGAGUUCCUCUCCAAGGCUUCAAGGCUCUGCAAGGCUCUACAGGCGCGGCAGGGCCCCGACUGUUCACCAUCCACCUGAUAGACGCCAAUACAGACAACCUACCCAAGGCCCAUACCUGCUUUAAUCGGAUCGACAUCCCGCCCUAUGAGUCCUAUGAGAAGCUCUAUGAGAAGCUGCUGACAGCGGUGGAGGAGACCUGUGGCUUUGCCGUGGAGUGAAGAGCAGCCAGUGGCCACAGAGUCGCUCACAACCACCAGACCCAAAGCAUAUGGCGUCUGCACGCCUCCCGCAUGGCGGGCUGAGGCCUGAGAUUCCAGAAACCGAGGGAAAAGGCUCGUCUCCCUCCUCCUUUGGAGAGGGCAGACCAGGGGACUUUGAUAGGUGGCUCCCACCAAUUUAUUUCUCCUUUAUUAUAGUUCACCCACCCCUCCAUCACCCAUCCAAUAAAACGCAGCCGGGUUUGCCCUCAGCCUCCUUGGCAUGGUGGGGAGGCUGUGGUUCUCCAGGAGCAUCGGCCCAUGGUCAGGACCAAGUGGGCCCUGAGGGGGUUUGUGUGGUCUCUGUACGAGCCUCCCCUCUGAUUGUAGCCUCAAAGCCCCUUUUCAGGUUCAGCAACUGCCGAUAGCUUACUGAGCUCAAAUUCCAGAGGCGUCACAGGCUCGGGCCUGUUCAGGUAGCAGCAGUUCAGGUGGAUUUCUAAGCAGGAGAUAAAGGCACAGAGUAUGCUUGCUGGAGCUCCACCAUGGCAGGACACACGAGGCAAAAUGGUCCCCUUGAGAGGGAAAGGAAUUGCAGCAGCCUUCACUGGAAGCCCGGGGGCUUUUUUCACAGUAUCCUGGCUGAAAAGGAGGUUUGCACAGGGGGGGAAAAUCUUUAAAAGUACAAUUUGCUGUGUUCUCUACCCAGUUUGAAGCAAAGAAUAACCAACACCAGCCUCAGACCCCCCGGGUCCAGCUCUGCUCCUGUGCCUGGGGAUCCAGAAGGCUCCUGCCUGUCUUGAAAUGGACUUUUAUAUGGGGAUUGCUAAGAGCUAAACUAACAGAACAAUUUUGUCACCACAGCCACUGGAUGGAACAGCAGCAGAGGCCGCUGACCUGGGGUCCCCCUAGGCAGCGCCCCAGGGUUGGUGCUGUGCACAAAGCAGGGUGUGAUGGAGCACGUGGCAACAGGGUGGGGGCUUUACCUCCCUCAUGGCCCUCCUCCCCAGUAGCAGCCGUGAUGCUGACAGUUGGACUCAACUUGCUCAGUUUUUGUCUUCUGAUGAGCAACGCCAAAGCCAGCCUAGCAUCUCUAGCGCCACCUCCAGUCUGCACAAGGGUUCACAGGCGGGACUCUUGCAGCAGAGCUGCUGGAUUCAGGCAGAGCAGCUGCCAGGUUUCCAUUUGUAGUUUUGUUGUUUUUGUUUGUGGUGGGAGUGAGAACAGGGUAAUUCAUUAGCAAGACAUUUCAUUGGUACCAGGGUUCGGGUUCAGCCGCGAGUUCAGUUGUGUGGGGCAUGAUCGGGAAGGUCCUGUGGGGAUACCAGCUUUUGUUCUUUCUGUUGCUUCCCCUUAGACUGGGGAUAGGGAAGUCUUCCCUUCUGUUCCUGCUGCUUCUGUCCAGUGUGGUCUGGAAGCAUUGGUGAGGUGAUGCGGGAGGUGGAUUCAUAGGUCACAUACACCCCUAACCCACGAGGUGUGUCCAGCUUGGCCACUGGCACUAUAGAGCAUGAGUCAGCUGCACUCUGGGUUGCCAGGUUUGGGAACAGAAAGGAUGCUAGACAGACCUCACUGCACAAGGACCGAACCUGCCCCACCUCCCAGGCCAGACUGGGGCCUUACUAGUCUCUCAGCUCUGCCUUGCCCCAGUAGGGCUUCUGUACUUCACCUACCUUCACAUGUCCGAGGGUGUUCUAAAGCCUAGCUCCCUCAUGACUCGCGGAUUUAAAAGGUACAAGGAAGCCUGUGCCCUAAGUCUCAGCCAGUCCGUAGGAAGCAGCCAGCCCCGCAGUGACACUCCUCCUGGAGACCGGAAACCCUGCCUGUUGCCUUUGCACACUGGCCCAGUCUGCAGUGAUGAAGGAAACCAGGGUCCUGUGCUUCUGGGACGUGCUGCAGGAGUGUCAGGUCACACUGUUCAUGCCGCGGGAGUGAUAGGGGACAAGCCUUAGGAGUCCCGUGUCAGAUGCCCUCUGAGGAGCUGACUGGUUGGUACACCACCCACUAAGGCUUCUAACAGCCGUCGUGCCUGCAUUGCCUGCGGUCCCUCAUUGCCAGUUCUAAGUGUCACAGCUUCCCCAGGUCCGUUCAUGCCCAGCGCUGUCCUUCUUCGGUAGCGCUGCACUUCCUUGUCUGUCUACCAUGACUAGGUCCUUCUGAUGCUCCUCAAGUGACACUGCGUGGCUGGCCCACAGCACAGCUCCUGGUUGCCCUGCCUGGGUCUGGGUGAAGCCUUUUCCUGUAAGAUCUCGAUUGUCAGCCCUCCUGGUGGCCCCCACAUCACCCAGACACUUCAGGAGCCCAGCUCUCCAGGCUCCCUCACCAGCGGCCGGCGGCCACACUCAGGGACGCAGCCAACACCACUCUGCUCCACAGUGCUUCAGCAAGGAUGGGCCAGGCUGCAGCAGUCGGGUGGCAGCAGGUUGCAGUCUUGUGCUUUCUGUUAGGAGAAUCUGCACAGGGAGGGCUGCUGACCCCUGCCCUGGCUUGGCCGCACGGUCAGGUCUGGGUCAGUCAGGUCAGGUGGACGCUGGACUGACCGUCUGCAGAGAACACGCCCCACCCUACUGCAGUCUGGGAGGCCACGUGGCAGCCUUCUGAAACGGUGUGGGUUUUUAAACUGUGUUUCUAAUGUAUUCUAAUUUAUUUUGUAAGGUCCUGUUGGAAGUGCUGCUGCUACCCCUAGUCCUCCCCCAGUUUUUACUGCCCAUUUUCCUGUGACAGUUGUACACUAAUGUUCUGUUUUAUGUCAGAAUUGAAAGUAUUUAAAGAAAUGCUAGUUCUAUUUAAUGCAGUUGUGGAACCAGCUGGAAACACAAAAUGUUGACUGUAGAGCAGGCUGGACCCGGGAGGUCAGGUUCAUUUUGUUACAUAUGCAAUAAACUCACAACUUUAUGUUUUU